GCAGAGGAAUAACGUUUGACAGAACAUAAGUACCCAGCUAUACAUACAACAAAUGUAACAUUUGUCCCCUGCCCAUUCUUGCCUCACCACCAAGAACUUGAUUUCUCUCUUUCUUCACGUUAUUUUAAUCCCAGCCCACAAUUUUUUUCAUGCAGUUAAAAGAUUUCUAAAAAUAGGGUUGCUCCUGAGGUUUCUUUCUUGUCAGUUUAUAAAAAGACAAACACAAUCACAUUUAUCUCCUGUACAUGCACUUGAAGAACAAACUGACACCCUCUUCAAUGCAUAUCUAGUUCUCUACUUCAACUAUAUACACACACAUAUACAUUUUAGUUGAAGAACAAGAAGAAGAAGAAGAUUUGUGAGAGACAGAGGGGUCCUACUGGUGGCCUUGGGUUAAGACUUAAGCAGGAGGGAGUGGAUUAUACACAAUGGCAAGAACUUCUGCUAUUGUGAUUUUGCUUCUAGCACUUGCAUCAUUCAGCCAAAAUGAAUUGGUGGUCAGUGGCCACUCAAUCUGCCAAAAGACUAGCUCAGGAGCUGACAGGCCCCAUAGCGUGACUAUUACUGAAUUUGGGGCAGUUGGGGAUGGCGUCACCCUGAAUACAAAAGCAUUUAUAAAUGCCAUGUACUAUCUUACCUCUUUUGCAGACAAAGGUGGUGCAAAGCUUUUUAUCCCUGCAGGUAAAUGGUUGACAGGAAGCUUUAUCCUUGUCAGUCAUAUAACUUUAUGGUUAGAUAAGGAUGCAGUGAUCCUCGGAUCUAUGAUUUCGGAUAAUUGGCCAGUCAUUGACCCUUUACCAUCUUAUGGUCGGGGGAGAGAGUUACCUGGAGGAAGGCAUCGGAGCCUCAUUCAUGGAUCUAACCUGACGGAUGUUGUUAUAACAGGUGAUAAUGGAACUAUUGAUGGCCAGGGAAUUAUAUGGUGGAACUGGUUCCACAGUGGAAUGCUAAAUUAUACUAGACCACAUAUGGUUGAAUUGAUUGACUCAAAAGAUGUGGUCAUCUCAAAUCUGACCUUCCUUAAUUCACCCUUUUGGAACAUCCAUCCUGUUUACUGCAGUCAAGUUGUAGUUCAGAAUGUCACUAUAAUUGCUCCCCUCGACUCACCAAACACAGAUGGGAUUAAUCCAGAUUCGUCUGAUAAUGUUUGCAUUGAGGAUUGCUACAUAAGAACUGGCGACGACCUAAUUGCCAUCAAAAGUGGGUGGGAUCGAUAUGGCAUAGACUUUGCUCGUCCUAGUACGAAUAUAACUAUCCACCGCCUUAUUGGAGAGACAAAUGUAAGUGCUGGUAUUGCAAUUGGAAGCGAGAUGUCUGGAGGUGUAUCAGAAAUCUUUGCAAAAGAUAUACAGAUAUUCAAUUCAAAAAGAGGCAUUGCAGUGAAGACCUCUCUUGGGCGAGGUGGAUAUGUUAGAGCUGUUUACAUAUCUGGUGUAACCCUGAAAAAUGUCCAAGUUGCUAUAGAGUUUAAUGGUCAGUAUGGGGAACACCCGGAUGAGACUUAUGAUCCGCAAGCUCUUCCCAAAAUAUUGGAGGUGACCAUUCAUAAUGUAACAGGAGAUAAUGUUACUGUGGCAGGCCAUUUAGAAGGAAUAAAAGGAGACGAUUUUCUAAAUAUCUGCCUAUCUGAUAUUAAUCUCCGUGUGACCUCAGGCUCUCCAUGGAGAUGUUCAUAUGUUGGAGGAUUUUCAGAUUUUGUUUCUCCAGACACUUGUAGGCCUCUCAAGCGCAAGAUAUAUCCCGAGUCAAAUUGCUACCUUCUAUCAAAUAACUUGCGUAGUGUCUCUAUCCCAAACCGAAUCCCCAGAUGGAAAUCUUGGUAGAGGGAUAAUUAGACAGGUGUCGAGGGUGAAACCUUAAUGUUUUCUCUUUGUUGAUUCUUAUCGCUUCUGAAUCAACUUCUGCUGAAUCAUAGAAGAAUUUCUACUGAUUAAAGGUUGAGGUAAAGGUAUGCUCUUGUAACUUUGUGUGCAGUGAAUAAUCUGUGCGAUUACUGAUAGUGAAGUGGUGAAAAAUAUAUUGCAUUUGAAAA